AAGAUGUGAUUGACCAGUUAAUGAACAUGGCAGGUGCUAACAGUGGUCAUAAUCCUGUACCUGCAAGUGAAGCUAAAAUUAAAUCGUUGAAAAAGUUUAAAGUUGAUGCUAAAACUCUUGAGAGUGAGAUUGGGGAAUGUGCGAUUUGUAAAGAUGCAUUUAUGAUGGAAGAAGAAUGUAUGGAGCUACCUUGUCAUCAUAUCUUUCAUUCUGAAGAUUGUAUUACACCAUGGUUAAAAAGGAAUGGGACUUGUCCAGUUUGUCGGUUUUCACUUGUGAAGGAUCCAACAGAUGACCCAGAUGAUGUACCAUUAAAUGCAGAAGGAUCGGGUGCUAGAGAUGAUGACGCUCCAAGUGAAGAUGAAGAUGAAGAUGAAGAUCAUCAUUCAGAGAAUAGAACGAUGGCAGAACUAUCAGCUAUUGCUGCUGAAGAAAGAAGAAAUCGUGGUGGUGGUGGUGGUACUGUGGAAAGAUCAAAUGCAGAUGAACUUUUAAUGGAUCCAUUAGAUGUGGAUUAAAUCGUUUUGGAAACUUUUAAGCAUUUACUGAACAAAAGAAGAGAGUUUUUAAAGAGAUUUUGUUCUUUCUAUCAAUGUUAUAGUGAUUUGGAUUUUCAGAUUAUUUUUUGUUGGGGUUAAUUUUUGUAAUGUUUUUUGUGCCUGUGUACAAGAUUUUGAUUUGUUUCGAAGAGGAGAAGAGUAAGAAAAAAAAUGGUUUAUAGUCGAACAAAACAAACAAAAAAAAUGUAUGCCGGUUCUUUUUCUUUUGUUUUAAACUGUACUCUUACUUCAUGGUCAGCUUAAGUGUUAGGUUUAACUUUUACGCAAGAGAUGUGUUUGAUUGUAAGUUAUUGGUUUAUUUGAUUUAGGU